GCGCGCCACCACCGCUCGCGCAGCCACUCACACAUCCUCCGCGGAAACGAACAGGCGCGGGACGCACGCGCGCGCUCAGCCGCACUCGGCUCCCCUUCAGACGGUUUCCACGUCAACUGCGGCUCCCCUCAGCGCUGUUCUGUCGGACGGUGUCCGAUCUCGCGCUCGUGUCCGCGUGCGCCAUGAGAUCCCACUUCAGCCACGCGUGUUUCCUGCUGCCUGUUGCUCUUCAGCUCAUGCUGGUUCCCAACCCAGGUUCUACAGCUACUUCCCGGAGGUGCGGUUCAAUCUACAGGGGCUUUGCUCAGUGUCUGCUCGCCCUGGGGGACAGCAUGUCUCAGAGUGUCCAGAGGGGUGAGAACACGCAGGAGAUCGACACCGUGUGCAGGUCGUGGGAUGAGUUUCACACCUGUGCGAAUGUGGCGCUGGCUGGGUGCCCGGAUGAGGCAGCAGCGGUGUGGGAGUCCUUGCGGCAGGAGUCCAAGAAGAUGCAGUUCUCGGGAAACCUGUACGACAUGUGCGCCAACCGCGUCCAGCCGUCGAGCAGCGUGCGGAGCCCGCCCAGCCGGCAGGAGACCAAUCAAGAGUCUCUGAAAGGUGACGCCCACAAGCUUGGCACCACUCACCUCCUGCUCCUCAGCGCAGGCCUCUGUUUGUGGCUACAGCAGCACAGGAUUUAGCCACACCCCUCGGAGCGUGGUAGGAGGGGCCAGGGAUCUCAUCCGAUGGACCGCUCGGGGAGGAGCACGUAGACGGACCGACUUGGGCCGCGUCACACAAACCUGGGCCUUGACAUCCCCGCUCCUUCUGAAUCUCUACCACCGAGCACACGCAGUGUGUUGUCUCAUCUUGCAAAUACACCAGCGGGGCAGCUCCCGAACCCUCACCGAAACAGCGCAGGCACAGUUACCCUCUCACACGCUCGCAUCUUUUCUCUUCUCCUCGUCUAUUUCGAGAGUUUCGCCCGUUGCCGAACGGUGCCCAGGAAAGCUGUGCCGCCAAGCGAAUGACGGUAUGACCACGCGUAUGAUGACGGCAGUGAGGAGGGCAUGUUAGUCCUUUCACAAAAGCCACAGUGAAUGAGCUUCUCAUAAGAAGACCUUUCAGGAACCAAAUUAAACAGCAAAAUAUUCAAAACAAAGAUUCAAAGGGGUGUUAGCCAGUCAUUUCGGAUUCUUUUAGCAGAUGCUUAUUUUUAUUCAAGAUGAGAGCCUUAAUGCGUAAUAAGCUCUGAGAGGAUGAGAGAAAAGAUUAUGUUAAAGAAAUCAUUACUUCUCUCUGCAUCAAAACUACAGCUCUCCUGCAAUCAAUACGAUAAAACAGGCUGAGGUCUUUGCAGUUAGUAUAAUGAAAUACAGAGGAAAAUGUCUUGUUACUUGUAUGUCAUUAUAAUGUAUCAGCAAGAAGGGCCACGCUAGGCUCAACUCACUAGAAAUAAGUAAAGUCCAAUAUUUUUCUUGUAUAUACCACAGGAUUAAUGUUUUUCGCAUUUACAUGUGCACCUUAUUUGUUUUGUGUCCCUGUUUUAUACAUUUGCUCUUAUUUCCAGAGGUUUAUUCAUACUCUCGAUGCUUCUUGGUUCUGAAACUGACAGCUACCAUUAUAUCAUUUGUUUUUGUCUGAAACCAUGUUCCUUUUACCUUUAUGUGCCACAUAUUUAUGUGUUCUGUUGGCAGUGUUUUACAGGGAAUGCUGUCUGUUGCA